AUGUCCAAGCGACCUGCCCAAAGACGGCAAGGCCUGUGCAAAGUGAUGAAGACCUGCGCGCUGGUCUUGGCGAUGCUUUUCAUUGACAGUGCGCACGAGCAUUUGACCUUUGUCGGCGGCGGAUGCAAUCCAUUCCAGCCCCCCACGAGAUUCGACGCAAGACUUCCGACUAGAUUGAAAGCGCAAGUCCGCAAUGCAAGUCCCCAAAAGCGUCGGAUACUGCCACCGCUGGGCGACUCGGCAGAUGUGCAGAAGCAUGUUUUCAUUUCCCUGACAGACUACGACAAGAAAAUUGACAAGAAGCUGCGAGCACUGCCACCCAUUGGAAAGAAGUACAUGUGGAUACCUCCCUUGGGCUACACGCAAGAGCUGGAGACUCAGCUUGAGGAAGCCGGUGUUAGGCUGGACCAGAAGAGCAUCCAGUUCUUUAUGCGAUUUUGCGGUGGACAUCGUGGCAUCUUCAUCGCAGCAAUGCACUGGGUGCAGAGCAAGCAGAGCAAGCAGAGCAAGCAGAGCAAGCAGAGAAGUGGUACAGGCUGGGAUUUCCGGCAGACAGUGGGGUUUGUGCGGAAUAGCUACAAUGGAGGAGAUUGGGAUUGCGCAAGCAAUGAGAUUUUGGGAUACCUGCAGAAGAGCCGUGCAGUUAGGGUCAAUGGCUUCUACGAAGAUGUGAGCAACGUUGUGAGCUUCGAAGGAAACACAUCUGAGUUGGCGAAGGAUGGUCUUCCGGGUGAGGAGCAGUGCAACCAGGCAAUUUGCACGGUCUUGAAAGAUAUGGGAUUUCAGCCCGUUUCCACAAAGCGAUCUCGGAAGGGUGAAGGAAAUCCAGACAUUGCACUUGAAAUUGGUGGGGAGCGUUUUGUUUUGGAGGGCGUGAAACUGAAUGGAAACAUCACCGAGCACCUUCAGCGCUUCGAUAGCAAGACCAACUACAAGAACGCCAAACACAAGGCUCUUUACAUCAUCGGCAAUGACAGUGAAAGGAUGCUCGACAAGGUGAAGAAGACUACAGCUGAUGAUGUUCAAGUCAUAGGCUUAGUCCCCAACAUCGCCCACACCGCAUACACCGUCCACGUCAAGAGCAAGGGCAUCGAACGCAUCAACACCUGCAACGUGGACUGCGACCUUGUGGCAAGAAGGUUGGUGCUCAAAGACAAUGGCAAACCUGAGCUCCACAGUGUGCAGUCGCUGAAGAGCAUCAACCUGCCUCCCAAAGCUGAGACCAGACCGCCUUUUUUUGUCGGUCUUCCGGUGUUUUGUCAGCCUGCGAAGACAGAGAUGGUCUGGGUGCGAGAGUUGAAGGAGGAGAACGGCGAGUACAAGCUGGUGGGCAAUGCCCUGCCAAUCAAGCCUGUGCCGGCGAACAUCGGCUUCCUGAAGAAGGUCAUCAAGGAGGAGGCGCAGUUGCAACCGCCUGCUCACACUCUCACCGUCUACCACCUCACCGAAGGCACGUGGCAGGAGGAGAAGAAGAUGAGCGCUGCAUUGCGCCCUUCCACGGAAGAGACUCCUUACGGCUAUCUUGUACCAUAG